AUAUUCCAAAGGAUUUCUUCAACGUACAAAUGCCUCUCCUCCGAGCUGCGCUCCGCGGCGAUUGGCCGGCGGCGCAGCGAAUUCUCGAACACGACCCGACGGCGGCAUUGACGUGGCUCGACAACAACGGCAUACUCACUGCUAUAGAGGCGGCGGUCGGGACCGGAAAAGAUAUUAAUUUUGUCAAAAAAUUGUUAGAAUGGAUUCCGGACAACUGCGUGGCCAUAAAAAACGACAAAGGCUCGACCGGACUGCACAUUGCCGCCUCCGUCGGCAACCGAGAAGCCGCCGCAGUCUUAGUCGAAAGAAUGCCGGCCUUGUGCUACAUUCCCGACAAAUUUGGCGACUUUCCGGUCCAAAACGCCGCCGAGUACGCUCAUAAGAAUGUGCUUGGAUACUUGCUCAGCAUCACCAAGGGCGACGCGCCUGAGUCGGACGGUGAAAACCCUUACGCUGGCAUGGCUGGAUUGCGGCUUCUUUUGCACACGAUCGACGCCGAAUUUUUUGAUGUUGGUAUGUAUUUGGUGGAGAAAUACCCGUAUUUGGUGGGGAUUAAAUAUCCAGAUGGUUAUUCAGCUUUAGUUAAACUGAUUGGGAAAUCUGUGUUUUCCAACAAAAGAAAUUUCAGCUUCUGGGAACGUUUCAUUUCAUCUCGGAUACCUGUGGCAACUAAAUUGAGAUCUCAUUCGACAUUGAUUUCAGACAUUAGUAGUCACCAUGACAUUGAGAGCAUUGAUCAUCUUCACCAUACCAACAAACCACAAGUGCUUCAAAGUUCUCAUGCCAUGCUUUGGAAGUUAUUGGAAUAUUUAGUACCUCAUAUAAAGACCGUAAAAAAAAAGUCCCUCGCCAACGAGCAAGCUCUCGACCUCUUCAAGUUGAUGUGCACAAAACUCAAGACUAUUGGCAAUUUUGCUGAAUCCCGGUAUAUCUAUGAAGAAGGCGUGCUUCACGCCGCGGCAUUAGGGGUUAAAGAGGCUGUGGAAAUGAUUAUCGACAUAUUUCCUCUAGCUAUUCAUGCCAUUAGACUUCCUUCGAGGCAGUCAAUAUUCCACGAGGCUGUUGAAAAUCGAUGCGAGGAUGUUUUUAAUCUCAUUUAUCAAAUGAGCGAUCACAAAUAUUUAUUUUCGAAUGCCAUAGAUGUCGAGGAGAAUAACCUCUUGCAUUUGGCCGGAAAACUUGCUCCGGCAGCAAAGCUUAAUGAAAUCUCCGGCGCCGCCCUACAGAUGCAACAAGAACUUCAAUGGUUCAAAGAGGUCGAAAACUUUGUUCAUCCUUCGGCCCGAGAGAGCGAAAACGUCGCCGGGAAAACACCGCAAACGGUGUUCUCCGAAGAGCAUAAGAUCUUGAAAGAACAAGGGGAACGAUGGAUGAAAGACACGGCGAAUUCGUGCACGAUCGCCGCCGCGCUAAUCGCCACCGUGAUGUUCUCCGGGGCGAUCACCGUCCCUGGGGGCAACCUCGGGAGUGGAUUCCCGAUCUUCUCCAACGACCCGGUCUUCAUUAUAUUUGCGAUUGCCGACGCCGUCUCGCUCUUCUCCUCCGUAACCUCUCUUCUGAUGUUCUUGUCGAUCUUGACGUCGCGCUACGCGGAGGACGAUUUCUUGAUCAUCCUCCCGAAGCGACUGAUUUAUGGGCUCGGAUCACUGUUUUUGUCGAUUACCUCGAUGAUGGUCGCGUUUAGCGUAACUUUGUAUUUGGUGUUCGGGAGGAAGAGCGAUUGGGUUCUUGUGACCGUGUUGGCUAUGGCGCUGCUUCCGAUCACUUCGUUUGUUCGGCUCCAGUUUCCGCUGCUCGUCGACUUGGUUAGGGUUACGUACGGCCCGGGGAUCUUCGGGAAGAAGAGUUCCCGGCCGUUCUAUUGAUCGGGUUGCGGAGAAAUGGAUUUGAUCAACACGACCGUGUUUGAUCACUUUGAGUGUGAUUCUUUUGAGCGAUUCGGAAGAUUGAAUUUUUUAUUUAACUGAUAGGUUUGCCUAUCGGAUUCUGUCCCAAAAAUAAAUUAUAUCCCUCUAUCUCCACACAUAUAAUAUAUAUAUAUACAUACAUUAGUGUGUGUAUACAUACUAUGUGUGUGGGGAUAAGGGAUAGGAUCCA